AUGACUGUUUCAUCAGAUACAACUGCAAUUGCACCAUUAGGUAAAACUAAAUUACUUCAACCAAUCAAAGUUGGUGCGAAUACUUUAAAUCAACGUAUUGCUUUUGCUCCCAGUACAAGAUAUAGAGCUACAAAACAUGGUGUACCAACAGAUAUUUCAUUAGAAUAUUAUAAAGCUAGAGCACAAGCUCCAGGUAGUUUGAUAAUCACUGAAGCUACUUUCGCUUCUCCACAAGGUUCUGGUUUCCCACACGUUCCCGGUAUUUAUUCAGAUGAACAAGUACAAGGUUGGAAGAAAAUUAAUGAAGCAAUUCAUGAACAAAAAUCAUUUAGUGCUAUCCAAUUAUGGUAUUUAGGUAGAGUAGGUCAUCCAAAGUGGUUAAAAGAAAAUGGUUUAAAAUUAUUAGCUCCAUCUAAAAUUUAUUCUUCUCCAGAAUUGGAAAAAGAAGCAAUUGAAUCUGGUAAUGAAAUACACGAAGUGACAAUUGAAGAGAUUGAAGAUAUAAUAAACGUACAGUAUCCUAAAGCUGCUCAAAAUGCAUUAGAUGCUGGAUUCGAUUAUGUUGAAAUUCAUUCUGCUCAUGGUUAUUUUCUUGAUCAAUUUUUAAAUGAUAAUUCAAAUAAAAGAACUGAUGAAUAUGGUGGAUCAAUUGAAAAUAAAGCAAGAUUGUUGUUGAGAAUUAUUGAUACAUUAAUUCCUAUAGUUGGUGCAGAUAGACUUGCCGUUAGAUUAUCACCAUGGGCUAAAUUUCAAAACAUGUCAACAGAAGGUGAAAAAUUACACAGUUAUAUUUUAAAAGAAUUACAAAAAAGAGCAGAUGAAGGAAAUCAACUAGCUUAUAUUUCAUUGGUUGAACCUCGUGUUCAAGCAAGUUGGGAUAUUGCAGAAGAAGAUCAACAAGGAUCAAAUAAAUUUGCUGAUGAAAUUUGGAAAGGAAAAUUUAUCAAAGCAGGAAGUUAUACUUAUGAUGCACCAAAUUUCAAAACUUUAUUAGAUGAUUUGGAGAAUGAUAGAACAUUAAUUGGAUUUUCAAGAUAUUUUAUAAGUAAUCCUGAUUUAGUGUAUAAAUUAAAAGAAGGUUUACCAUUGACAAAAUAUGAAAGGGCAACUUUUUACAAUCAUGAUAAUUUUGGUUAUAAUACAUGGUUAAAUCAUAAUGGAAAUAGAGAAGUAAAUGAAGAAGAAGAAAGGAAAAGAGUGGGUAAACCCUUAGCAUAG